GGGUCAGGCGCGGGGAGCCGGGCUCAGCCUCGGCCUGCGCCAGCCCCGACCCUCGCCCACCCGAGGCCGGCCUGGGGGGCCCGCAGGGCGCGCGGAGCGCCGAGUGCGCGUCGGGCCGGGCCCCGCACCUCGGCACAGGAGCGCGGUCGCGGCGCGGCGGAGCGCCAAGCAUGGAGCCGGCCCGGGAGCCCCCCGCGCGGGCCCGGCCGCCGCCGCCCCCCGCCGUCCGUCCCGCGGCCGCCCCCGCCGCGCCCAGGCUGCGCUCGCCCGCCGAAGCGGAGGGCCGCGGUCCCGAGGGGCUGCUGCGGCGAUCGGGGUCGGGCUACGAGGGCAGCACCAGCUGGAAAGCGGCCUUAGAGGACACCACCACGCGUCUCCUGCUGGGGGCCAUCGCAGUGCUUCUGUUCGCCAUCCUGGUGGUGAUGAGCAUAUUGGCUUCCAAGGGCUGCAUCAAGUGCGAGGCGCCCUGCCCGGAGGACUGGCUACUCUACGGAAGGAAAUGCUACUUCUUUUCUGAGGAGCCGAGAGACUGGAACACGGGCAGGCAGUACUGUCAUGGCCACGAGGCCGCGCUGGCUGUGAUCCAGAGCCAGAAGGAGCUGGAAUUCAUGUUCAAGUUCACAAGGAGGGAGCCCUGGAUUGGUCUGCGCAGAGUGGGGGACGAAUUCCACUGGGUCAACGGGGACCCGUUUGACCCGGACACAUUCCCCAUCUCGGGCCCGGGGGAGUGUGUCUUCGUGGAGCCCACCAGGCUGGUGUCGACGGAGUGUUUGAUGACCCGGCCCUGGGUGUGCAGCAAGAUGGCCUACACAUGAGGCCCAGCUCGAGCUCCCUGGGACUCCUUCUAGGACAGCAGCAGCCCUCAGUGACCACUCCCUCACCCCAACACCUCCAGCACUUAAGACUGAGCCUUUCACACCACCGUAGUCUGUCGGAAGUUUUCAUCUGUGACUCAUCUCUAAAGUCAUCUGACCGCUCUUGGCAUCUGAUUAUAAGCCCCUGGAUAGCAGGGAUUAUGUGUCACUGGCCUCUUUGUAGCACACAUAGCAUGUGCUCAAAAAAAAAUUGUUGUAUAUGACAAUAAGAUUGCCCCCAAAUGUCAUCUCUGAAACUCUUUGCCAUGGUGGGAGACAGCAGUGGCCGGCCAUCAUAAGAGGCUCGUCUUUUUGGCUUUGGUGGGCAUGGCAUGAUUUUAGAGGCCCGGCAAGAUGCACUCUUCAGUUUGUUUUGCUUCAGCUAAGUUAGCUCGCUCACAUUCCCUAAGCAUGUAGAUACUGGGCGGGCUGAGUGGAGGUGACAGGGAGCACCCGGGCCGUGAGGGAGAGCUGCCUUCGCCUCCAGAACAUACUCUGCACAUACACAGAGCCCAGCUGGCGAGGGCGAGGGGCUGACUGUGAGUGGAAACCAGGCCCGGGGAGGGUUUCCCUCAGUGACUGGGGCUGGCGGCUGAAGAUUCCUGUGGUCACCAGGAUAAUUAUGCUAAUAUCACUGUGCUGUUUGUGAAAGACGACCUGGUUUUCAGAAAUGCCCACUGUCUGCUGUGUACUCAACACCAGGAGGGGGUGGAGGUAGAGGAGGGAACUGCUAUUUCCUUAGUCCGUAAAGAACUCCAAACCGGGAGCAAGUAUGAGAUUCAAACAGGGGUCAUCCAGAAAACCUCCUGCCGUGCCCAUCAGAGAUCCCACGUCUCAGCCUGGAGUGGGUACACACUUGGCCUGACUCAGAAGACCUGCCCGAGUCUAGUCUGGGGCCAGCUCUACCAACAAGCAGAUGUGUAGCUCAGGCGGCUGUGCUCAACCUCCCCGACCCCAGGCUUCACCUCUAACAUAAAGUAGAAAUCGUGCCUGCCCUGCCUACCUCACAGGGUUUUGAGAACUGUAGAUGUUAGAAUUUCAGGGAUUAGAAAUUAUCGACCCCAUUCUCACUAUCCAUGAGACCCCGAGAGGUUAAAUAACACGUCCAAGGUCACGCAUCUAGUGGCAGAGCUAGAUCUCAGGUCUUGUGGCUCCUCUGUUCGUUGUUGAUACUAUUAUUGCACGUAUCAUGCUUUAUUUGUUUACCUGUCCACCAUCCACGCAGAAGUGUAAGCCCCUAGAGGGCAGGGACCCACUCUCACGCUCCUUUUUUCUCUAGCGCCUGGUACAUACUAAAGGUGCUCAAUAAACAUGUGUUGACCUAAACUGAUCUUGACUCCUAGUUCAAGUGCUCCUUCUACACCAUGCUGUCUCUGAUCUCAGAAAUCUGUACUGCCAGCCCAGCUGCCCACAAAAAGUAUGAAAACUUGCAGAUGUUUUAGAGAAAAAGAUAAGAUGCUCAACUGCUUUGCAAUGUGCUUUAGGGUCCUGUAGUCUAGAGCACAGAAUCCAUUUGAAUAAAGACAUAC